CAAGAACAAUUCGUAAGGAAGAUGACUGAUUCAUGUGGCCAUUUUACCUCGCAUAUUCGGUAUUUACGAGCGUUAAAUGGAAUACGUAGGCUAUAGAGUUGUAAGAGGACCCGACUGGAGAUGGGGAAAACAAGAUGGAGGCGAAGGUCAUGUCGGAACGGUGCGAAACUUUGAAAGUAACCAAGAAGUUGUGGUUGUUUGGGACAACGGGACCGCCGCGAAUUAUCGAUGUUCAGGCAUUUAUGACUUGAGAAUUCUAGACAGUAGCCCAACUGGUAAGUUUUCGAUUUUAUACAUGGUGGUAAACUCUAACUACAUUAACCUUUAGUGGAAAUAAAUGUAAAAUUCUCGUGAAAUUAUUGCAAUCGUGAUAUCAUUUUAUUUUCAUUUUCAUUCACAAGUCGCAAACUGAUUUUUUGGAACCGGCUUUCGCUACAUAUCUUGGCUAAUCCGAUCAUGGACUGGUAGAUAAAUGUUGUCAUCCUUUCAUUAGGGUUGAAGUUUUUUGUUAGCUCUGCUAUCCUUUUCUUAUGACGUGUUUAAGUGUGGUCCAGCUGUUUUCUCUCUCAUAUUCUAUUAGUUAAACUUCCCACCUCUUUUUGUGAAAGCGUUCCUGUCGGCGUUUAGUAUCUACAGCACGUUUGGGAGUUUUUUGUUUUAUUUCCAGAUUUGUGUCAGGUUUCCCCUGUAAUUCAUAUUAAAGCGUUAAUCUGCUUUAUUCCAUUUAUGUCAAAAUUUUACAGCUCGAAAUAUCCCUGAAGUUCCCCUUCUGUUUGAAAAGAGGUGUCUAACUUCUAAUUUUUAAAGUAUUGGCUCAUUCAAACAAAAUUGUCGUCAUAGAGAAAGUACUUCUAUCACAAGUGUAGGACUGACUUAAAACAUAAGCUCUUAGCCAGACUUAGAUGACAACCUUACGAAAUUUAUAUAUCCUUUCACCUGGGAAAUUCUAGCAUGGUAGUGUAAUAAAAACAAAAAAUGUAAUUAAAUGCCCAACAACUCAAAGGAUAAAUUUCAUAAGGCAGUAUAAUGACUCAGGGAAAAAGGAAGAAGAUUGCUUGAAGGAACCAAAUCAUGUUUGGUUGUAUUUUCAGAAUGGGAAAAGGAGGGAGUUUAGCAGUAAUCAUGUGAGGGAUUAUAACAAUUGGAUGACCUUUGGAGCAAUUUUCUGAUUUGACAGUCACAAACUUGUAUGAGUUUUCAGACAAUAGGAUGACGUGAAGUCAUGUUAACAAUCAAUCAAAACUAUAAUAAAAGUUAAGGAGGGAAAUGUUGAUUAUUCAAACUUCUUCCUAAAUAAAUACAUGGCAGUUCAGGGCUGUAACUAGCUUUUGAAGUGUUGGAGAAAUCACCCAUAGCAGUGCAAUGCACAGCCAAGUGUCUUGUGACAGCAAUCAAUAUCUUCACCUUUAACAUAUAGUGAACUCAGCCCUGACAGGUUUUAUACAUUCCAACCCAGAAGAUACUGAACCUGAUAGUUUAACAGGGUGCAUCUUUUCACAUCAGAAUAUUUAUUUAUAACAGAGAGCAUAAAUGGUGCACUCCAAUCUUGCAAUUCUUGAUCUCUUGUGUAGACUGUCCUAUGUCAAUGUUGAGUUACAAGCUUUAUAACAUAGAGCAUAAAUGGUGCACUCCAAUCUCGCAAUUCUUGAUCUCUCAUAUAGACUGUCCUAUGUCAAUGUUGAGUUACAAGCAUAAUACAUUCAUGGUCCUGUUGGAGCAAGAAUCAAUCUGCUGAUAAAGAGUCAUGUUUGAGAAUUUUGUAAUAAUUAUAGUUUUCUGUGACAUGUAUGAUAGGUGUUGAAUGGUUCAGACAGUCAAAUUUUUGUUUCAGGUAUAAAACAUGAAGGCAGUAUGUGCGAAGGCUGUCGCAUGCAACCUAUAUAUGGGAUGAGAUGGAAAUGUGCUGACUGUCAAAACUAUGACUUGUGUAGUGUGUGUUACCAUGGAGACAAACAUCACUUGCGGCAUCAGUUCUACCGGGUUUGUGGACCUAACUCGGAGAGGUACAAUGUCAUGUUGUCUUGGAUAAUUUUCAAACUUUAAGUCUGUUGGUAGUACAGUAGUAUAGCUAAAAGUUUUCCUUAUUGCACUUAUACUGAUUUCCUCCUGGUUCAAUUUGAAAUUUUCUCUGUUCCAAGACAAUCACAAUAGCAUUGUAAGUGGAACAAAGACAAAUUAAUAAAAGUAAUUCAAAUUAGUUUGAAAUCUUGUUGAUCUUUUAAACUGCAUCAGGUACAUUAUCAAGCACAUGCAUGUUAAAAACUUCUUAAAGAGAUGAUUUCAUGUUAAGCUGGUUUUUGUAAGUUUGCUUUUUGUUUGAUGUUAUAAAACCAAAACCAAGUGUGUCCUUACAGCUAACUUGUUGAAAGGAACAUAACACAAGGAGAUACUUGUCAUGAGAACACAAAGUGAACAUAUUAUGCAAUAGUUGAAAGUGAAACAAAUACAAUCCAGAUUUCUUUUGCGCUUAAUCAUCGCAGAAAGCCCAGGUAAUUGAUGUUAUUGUCUCUCUUUGCUUAUUCCUAGAGUACUUUGUGAAGCAAGGAGAAAAAGCAAAAAAAUUACUGCCAGAGGGAUAUUUCCAGGAGCUAGGGUUGUUCGUGGAGUUGAUUGGCAGUGGGAAGAUCAAGACGGUAAAAAAUUUUAUGUGUGUAACUGUCAACUGUUGUAUGCAAGAGUACAUAAGUGUAUAGGCCAAUUCAAAGAAUGCUAUGAUACAAAUUAAUGCACAGGCUAAACCUAACCUGGUGUACAACUACUACUGAAGUCUCCUUUGUUAGAUUUUUAACACAUAGCAUUUCAGGGUGCUUGACUGUAUAAAUACAAAAAGCUAAGCAUAUUGUUCAGUUGAGAAAACUUAGAAACAUUAUCAGUUUCUGCCAAGGCAAGUGGUAGGGUAAUGUAGGCCUUUGAACCAAAAAAUCUCAGCAAGAAAAGUAUAUUUUAGCCAGAACUAGUGCCACUGUUUAGUACAAAAUUGAUCUUAGGUUUGCAGAUUAUCAACAGUUUGAAGCAUUGCAUGGGGAUUUCAUCUCGAGAACCAUAAACAUCCAUUGGAAGAAUCAAGGGUACAUUAAAUGCACCUUAACUCUCCCAAAACUAUGUAUUAAAGUGUAUUAUCCUAUUACAUGUACUCUUAACUGAUAUGAAAUGCGCUUUCCUUACCUAGGUGGUCCUGGUCGCCGUGGAAAAGUAACAGAAGUCCAAGAUUGGAGUACGUCAAGCCCUCGUAGUGCUGCUUACAUCUUGUGGGACAAUGGAGCAAAGAAUUUGUACAGACUUGGAUUCGAAGGCAUGGUAUGUAAUUUGAUGUCAUUUAAAUGUGCACUGGUUUGCUAAUUCCUUAGUUGUAACAAAGUGCAACUACUUUAUUUCAUGUAAACUAGCUGUCAGCUCCCUUUCAACAGUGAUUUCAUUUCUCCCUCUCCAGGCUGACCUCAAAGUAAUAAGUGAUGCCAAAGGAGGAACAUUUUACAGGGAUCACCUGCCAUUAUUAGGUAUUUCUGUCUGAAUUAUUAACCCUUUAUAUCCUAUCAUCAGUAUGCAUAUUCUCCAUACUGCUCUCUAUACAUGUCUUAAGGUUCUGAACAGGAGAAUUUGUUUAACAGUCAAGAGUUCUUUAGUUGUUGAUCAUUUCCUUUGUUCUUAUGACCUUAAUGUUUGGUUCAUGGGUGACAUUAUAAGGAGAAAUUAGAUGCCAAUCACUCUUAGGAAUUAAAAGGUCAAGGGUCUUAUUUUAUAUAUUUUUAAAAAAUCUAACAUAUGAGCUAGGCAGUUCAUACAGUGAGUGUAAAUCCUCUACCACUGAAUGGGAUUCUGGUCAAGACUGGGUCAAAACUCUCCCCUCAUACCCCCCCCUUUUUUUGUAAGUUUUUCCUUGCAGUUUGGUGGUAAAAGAUAUUUCUGGAUAGUGAGCAAACACUAUGAAUUGAUAUAGAGGGCCAAAUGCCUAAGUUAUUCUCAGUUGGUCCAAAUCAAGGAAAUCUGUUACUGCAAGGGUUUAGUAUGAAGUCAGAAAAUAAUCUUAGAGAAAAUUUCAUGUCAAUAUUAUGAACUGGCCUUUGGUGAGAUAUGAUGUAGGUUCCAGUGAAAAAUGGGGCCCACAAAUCAUAUUGUGUGAGUCAGCCUGUUCAUCAAUCUCUAUCAUUGUACUCAGGGGAUACCAGACCAGCAAGUCGUGCGACAGGUCAGGGGUUACAGAUUGGAGAUCAAGUCACUGUUGACUUGGAUCUUGAGAUUGUGCAAUCAUUGCAGCAUGGGCAUGGAGGCUGGACAGAUGGAAUGUAUGAGGUAAUGGGAAAAUUUCAAUCCUGAAAAAUUUCUCUAUUUUAGUCUACAGUCAGUUCAAGAAUAGUUUUAAUGGUAACCUACACUUUGCAUACUUAAGCAUGGAUGUAUGCUUUGCAGUUAUAUUUAUUAGACUAGAUGGACAGUGAUGAUUGAUAAAUAAAUGAAUGUCAUGCCAGGGUAUGAUGUGUUGGUGUAUUUCUCCUCAAUUACCUUUCUUGCAUUUUUUGGCAGACUCUCACAACUCCAGGAACAGUGGUUGGAAUUGAUGAGGAUCAUGAUAUUAUGGUCUUAUAUCCUACAGGCAACAGGUAAAACACUUUUUUAUCACUGGACUGGUGUGAACUACUGUGCAAAAUGAACAGCAACUGUUGUUGAAUCAGAUUGAAAUUUGAUUCUUCAGCAAUAGACCACAAUUUCUAUCAGUUUACCAGAUGUUGUGGGGAACCUUUUAAGUGUUCUCCCAACAUCCCAAGUGGGUUGUUACGCCAGGAAACCCAUAGAAAAUGUGGCCAGAAUCAUUAACUGCCUAUAGAAAGUAACCCUCAAUUUUCUAUGGGUAAAAUUAGCAAUAGGUUUUUGACUGAUUAAGGUGUCUGUAGUUUUUCAGUUAUUUUAUACAUUAAAGUUUUUAUAAUUGCCAUCAUGAUGACUUUUAAUCGGAGUGAAGGAAAAGGUGAUUUAUUUUACAAGGAGGUUUUUUGUCUCGGAAAGAUAGCUUGUAAUCACAAUUUAGUGUUAGAAAUGUGAUUUACAUGAUUAGGAAGUAAAAGGACUGCAGAAUUUUGGUGAUGAAUUUGGAAAAUGCUGUAAACAUAAUAUUAACUGUCCCUUGUUCCAUUGUUUCUGUCAUGCAGUGAUAGACUUUUUACAACUUAUUUUGUAGAUGGACAUUUAACCCAGCAAUUUUGACCAAAGUGAUCGGUACCUCUGAGACUUUAGACAGUACAAUAUCUCUCUCUACCACUACACCUUCAUCUCCCACUGCUUCUGGACCCAGUGCAGUGUCAGGGUCUGGUGCCACCACAACAGGAGCAGGGUCAUCCUCUCAGUUUGUUGUUGGUGACUUGGUGCAGAUAAGCAGUGAUGUUGACAAGGUUAAGAUGUUACAGAGAGGACAUGGCGAGUGGGCAGAGGCAAUGCUACCUGUGAGUUAUUGUUACUCUCACCACUUUUUAAUAUAUUAAUAAAUGGAAUUAACCUAGUUAACAGCUUGGAGAAAAUAUGGUCAGUAUUGUUUUCAGGCAUUUGGUUUGUGUCUUGGCCAGCUGUCAACUUUCAUGCAGUGUUUGUUGUGUUCUGUAGCAUUUGCAGUAGUACUGUGGUUGUUGGGGCCCUGAGGCUGUCCUUGUCCAGCAGUAUACCUCAGUGCAUGUGUUGUUUUACUAUGUGCUAGCAUUGUGUUCACUUUUCUAUAGCAUGGCGUUGUUGUCCUUGAGAAUAGCUGUUCUCUGCAUCCCCCCCAACCCCAGCUGCAGGCUUAUGUUUAUUUAUUAAUGUUUCAUGUAUUGAUUCAUUUAUUUAUUUACAUUUCCUCCACUGAGCCAAUUGGCUCAGUGUGAUGGGUGCUCAUGGGGCUUGGUGCAGGGGGCUUGUGGCUGGAUUGCUUGUUGGGCAGGCCAGUCAGGUGUUCUAGUACCUAGGGGUGCUACUGGUGUUGCAGCCCCUUAGGCCCCUUGAGCACCUAACUUCCAUUUGUGACUUGGUUCAUUAAUAUUGGUAAAAUUGUCAUUUGUAUUUUGAUUGGUGAGGGGCGUCUUGGAUUAUUUGGUGAUAUUAGACAAACUCAAGCGACAUUUCAUUAAUCAUACUGAAUCUCUCUGUUUCAUCUUCCAGACUCUUGGCAAGGUUGGCAGAGUGCAGCAGAUUUACCAUGACAAUGACCUGAAGGUUAGUUACUGUGUUACCUCCAACCUUUUUAAAGUGAAUUGCUCUAAAGUUAGAAGUGUAAGGGUUAAGUAAUGGCCUUGGAUAUGGUUUCAUGAGAGCAGCUGUCAAUUGAGUAUUGAAAGUGAUCCUUGUUUGCUUUGGUUUCCCUUUACUUUGCACUGGAAUUGGCCCAGAAAACUUACGCCACCAUCUCAACCAAUCAAGAAAAUCAAAAUUUUAAUCAAAACUGAAACCAUUGACUAUUGUCUUUGUUUUUUUUUGUUGAUUGUGAUUACUUUGGUUUUGUUUUUUCAACAAUCACUUAAAAACUGCUGUAAAUCUCUAAUUUUUUUAGAUGGGUUCUGCUCACUGACUAGACAAAAUGCUGGGGAGGAACUUGUGCCUGAAUAUGGCAUCUAAAUUACGUAAAUUUGCAAGAUAUUGUUGGUGUUACUUUUAACUUACUUUAUACUUUGAAAGAAGUUACUCAUUACAAGUGUGAUGUGCAUCAGGUACAUGUGCUGUGUAUUAUGUAGUCUUGGAGAGGUUAACUCAAACCAUAUCUAUAAGUUUUUUUUCUAUUGGACUUGUUGUAAAGUUUCACUCUGACCCUUUUGAAGUAGAGUAUAGUCGUGUUGAUUUGAAACUUGGGGAAGGGGAGGGGGAGGUAGCAGAAGGGUUUUAGCUACCAGCAUAAAGAUUUUUAUUGAACUGUGUUUUUUGUUGUUUUGUAGGUAGAGAUCUGUGGAACAUCAUGGACCUAUAAUCCAAUACUUGUCACAAAAGUGGCAUCCACAACUGACUCUUCUUCCCUGGGGGCAUCAGCUGGAGGUAUUAACUCUUUCACCCCCAAGAUCUCAAUAGUAAUUCUCUAAUUCUCCUAACUGUUUGCCAUACACUGCUUAUGAUGUUAAUUCAGAGAAUUUGGUAUUGGAUCGACUUGUUACUCUCCUAAUUGAUAUUUUUCUUUAUUCUCAUCAAUCGUCUGCUUAAUAUUGUAAUGAAAUUGUGAGGAGAAAUUCUGUCUUGGUCGCUCAUGGUAGUGAAAGGGCUCAUUGCAUGUGUUAGUGGUAAUGUGUGUCUUUUCUUGUGAUCUGCAAAAAUGCCUUUUUAUGGAUAGGAACCCAAGCCUUUUUUCCUUACACAUAAAUUUACACUUCUGUAACAAAAGUUAUCUAAAGGAGAAAGAGAAACCAAAAUUUUAAUUCUAAUUUUUGCUAAGAGGCAGAGCAAAUUGCAAUUGAGUGUCAUCCAGGAAUGCUUUGGCUUUGCAUUACUCUGUGAUUGGUCCAAAGAACUUGCACCAUCCUCCAAACCAAUCAGAAGCAAAACAAAAAUUUAAACCAAUCCCUUUGUCAUUUCCUGGUUGCUUUGCAAUUUCCUGGUCACUUUGUGAUUUCCUGGUCGCUUUGUGAUUUCCUGGUUGCUUUGUGAUUUCCUGGUUGCUUUGUGAUUUCUUUGGUUUUAAUUUUGUUUUUGACAGUUGAUUGAAAACUGCUCUAUAGGGUAUGAUAAAGGAUGUAUAAGGUUGACUAGAAUGUAAAUCAACUCCAGAAAUUGUUGGCUGUUAUGCAAGUUUGGAGAUAACUGUACGUGAUCAAUGUUCAUGGCACUUAGGGUUUAAAAUUCUCUUCAUCUUGUAGCUGAGAGGUUAUCAGCCCUUUUGAAGAAGCUGUUUGAGACACAUGUACCGGGCGAUGCGGUAGAGGAACUAGUCAAGGCUGCCGCCAAUGGGGACUCUCAAAGAGUUGAAGAGCUUCUGCUCAAAGAGGAUGCCAAUGUAAGAACUUUUCAAAUUUUCCAGUAUCAAAUGGUUGAUCUUGGGUGAUUGGAGGGCAGAGGGUUGAUGUCUGAGUUUUUUAUCUAACAAAAUACACAGUCGUUUAUUCAUCACUUCACGGGUUUAUUUGAAACCAACAGUAAUCAGCUCUCAGUUGGCCUUUUUAGCUCAGUUGGUAGAGCACUGCACCAUCGCUGUGGUCAUGGGUUUAAAUCCUGUAUAGGCCUUAUUUUUUUUUCAGGCCAUAUUUUCACUACUGCUAUAGUAGUGUUCAUUAAUGCAAAGAUCGCUUUCGUAUUCACAUAAACUUCUUUGUUGAUUAGAUUUAAGGACUUUUAAAUUUAAAAAGGGUACGGACAUAAGAAUGUUAGCACGCAAAGGCAAUAUCUUAUAGCUGUUUGUUUUCUAAUUUCUCGGCCACUUGUCUGUUGGGUCUUGUUUUUCUUCUCUCAUAAGAUAUUUGAUGUCGAUCUUGCCAUUAUUGUCUAAUGCCCUCUUUGUGGCUUGUGAUCAGGUUAAUGGCGUAUUUGCUGGGCACACAGCUCUCCAAGCUGCUAGUCAGAAUGGUCACGAGGAUACAGUCAGAGUUCUCAUAAGAUUUGAUGUGGACCUGGAGGCCGAGGUAAAUGCAAUGUAAAUGUAUCUGAAUUAAUGUCAAGUUUCGUGUGAGUAGACAGAGUAAGAGAGAUCAUUAACAAUGAGAUGUUUUUCGUCAAGAGGAGAAAACGAUUAUCGAGCCUAAACUUUACCAUCUCUUUCUUUUAUUUAUUCAUGAGAAGAAGACGAGAAAAAACAACUUUCUGUAACGUCAGCUCUGUUGUUGUCUAAAGAAGAUUUGAUAUCUAAAUCAUUGCGAUAACCAUCGCUUUUUUUUACUUAAUGGUGAACCCUUCGGCCCCUGAAAAUGACUAGCAUCUAUUUUCUCCCAAAAUUAUCCUGCUGAAUCAAACAUUAAGGUCAUGAGAAUAAAGGAAAUGAUCGGCGGCUUGAGGAGCUCUUGAUUGAUAAACAAAUUCUCCUUGUCAGUACCAUAGGAAAUGUAUAGAGAACAGUAUGGAGAAUAUGAAUGUGGAUGUCUGGGAGUAAAGGGUUAAACCUUUUACUCUCAAGAUCUCACAAGUAAUUCUCCUUACUGUCUGUCGUUUGAUUCUUGUGAUGAUACCUGGGAGAAUUGGUAUUAGAUCAAUUACUUGCUCCAUUAUAGAUAUUUUUCUUCAUUCUUUACACUUUUCCGUUUGAUAUUGUUUAGAUAUUGUAAGGGGAAAUUCUGUCUUGGCUACUCAUGGGAGUUAAAGGGUUAAAUGAUUUUUUCUUGUCAAUGUCAGGACAAAGAUGGUGACCGUGCUAUCCACCACGCGGCGUUUGGAGAUGAGGCGGCAGUCGUGGAGCAGCUGGUCCGUGCCGGAAGUGACAUGAACGCGCGAAAUAAACGCCGUCAGUCACCCCUGCAUGUGGCUGUCAAUAAAGGACACACAGGGGUGGUGAAGAGUCUUCUUGCUUUAGAGUGUCACCCUAGCCUGCAGGUGAAGGAAGUUUUGAUAUUCUCUUGUUAUAUGAGCCAUAGUAUUCAAAGCCCUUGGUAAAACAAUUAAUUACUUAGCGUAGUUGUCGAUAGAAGUAAAAUGGAAGUAGAUGGUGUAACGAAACUUUUAAAUCUUUUUGUGGUGACAAAUUGUGAUCUUGAUAAAGCGACUGUAACUUAAUUCCAGUGUAAAACGCGUUUAGAACUCUGACAUUUGAAGCGUCUCUCAGGUAACCUGAACUACUCUUUAAAAAAUAUUUCUGUCAAACACUAAUUGUUGGCAUGGAGUUUCAUUUUAUUGUUCAAUUUAAAUUAAAUUAUCUAUAGUAUCUAAUAAGCCAGCUUUUUCUGAAACUUUUAAAUUUUCUUCAACGUUAGGAUACCGAAGGAGACACGCCGUUACACGAUGCCAUCUCUAAAAAGCGUGACGAUAUGGUCACGAUGCUAUUAGAAGCUAACGCUGACGUGACAGUGGCUAAUAAUAAUGGCUUCAAUGCUCUGCACCAUGCUGCCCUGCGUGGGAACCCAAGGUAAAUUGAAAUGGCUUUUUCUCGAACCAAUCGCUGCGUAGCAGCUAGUGCGAUUAACCAAUGAGAAAGUGAAGUGGGGAAGCGGGGGGCAAGCGAGGGAAAGUCGUGGCGUGCCCAGGGUAAAUUCAACAUGUCUCGGGCUUUCUCAACGUACAAAAACGGAAAUUUCGACCGCGAGUGAGAGUACUCCUGCGAUAAGACAUGUGAUGUUUAUUUAACCGCGUAGCUCCCAGAAGUGUUUAACAUGCAACUUCUCCCUAUAAUAUGCAUACCGUACACUAAACAGCAAACAGAGAACACUCUGCUUGCUGUAAAAUGCUGGUAAUGAUAACGCUCAAACUUGUUGGGUGGAAGUUGUUAUCUUGAUCUAACACCAAAUUCUCGUAAUUAAUUUGUAAAGAAAUGUGUAGGAGCUGGAUGGGAGAAUUAUCAUACAGAUGUUGGGGAUUAAAGGAUUAAAUACCUUAGUAGAACAAAGAUGAUCGAAAUUAGACGACGAACUUUACAGUUUAAACCGCAUUUUCCCAGCUACAAACCUCUUCCUGCAGAAGAUCCUGGGACAACUUAAAAUGAAUCUACUUGUUAUGUGUUCCUCGUGUUUAUUCUUAAUUUUAAAUGUUUGUAGUGCAAUGCGUAUCCUCCUCACCAAGCUACCACGUCCAUGGAUUGUCAAUGAGAAGAAGGAUGAUGGGUACACGGCUCUUCAUCUGGCCGCACUCAACAAUCACGUGGAAGUCGCCGAGCUGCUUGUCAAACAGGUUCGUUCGGUUUAUAUUUUCUUGAUUUAAAAUAGUCCUCAAUUUACUAACACUAAGCUAUAGGAAUUGCUGAUCCCCGCAGUAUACAGAAUGCCUGUCAUUGGUCAAUGUAGCUCAGUAAGUGAGCAUCUUAAGGCGUGGGAUUCGAUAUCCUCGUGGGGAGUCAGAUUUUUUCUCUCUUUGUUUAGAUAUACAACUGUUUACAAUUACCUGUUGUGCGUAGUUUUUGUCGGAUUAGGUGGUAUAACGGUAACAGGCACCAUAAGCAGGCCGAUAUUCCUAACCGCACUUUCCUCGACUAGGGUUCUCUAGCCCUGAGGGCUAGUGCUAUAUAACUUGCUACAGUGACCUGUGGUACGAAAAUCUCUGAGAGAGAGAGGUGUACAUUUCCCAUGGUACUUACAAGUACAAGGAGAGUUUGUUUAACAAUCAAGAGGUUCUUGAGUUGGCGAUAAUUUCUUUCUACUCUCGUGACCUUAAUAUGUGAUUCAGGGGUUGUACUGUAAGGAGAAAUUAGAUGCUAAUCACUUUCACGGGUCAACGGUUUAAGUAAGUAUUACUCGGCGUUGGGUGUUUCCAGGCAUUCACAAGUACCAAUUAUUUAGCAAAGGUUAAGUCUAUUUUCCUUUCUUUAUGUUUGUAGGCAAAAGCAAACAAAGAUAUUCAGAAUACGAACCUUCAAACGCCGCUCCACUUGGCUGUAGAAAGGCAGCAUACACAGAUUGUCAGAGUGAGUACGAAAUUAAACUAAACUUAUCGCAGUUGAGUUAAGUAUUGUCUUUUCUCUUUAAAACGGACAUCGAAGGGAAGAGAAAAAGGCCAGAACAAGUGGACGAAACUAACGUACAGUAGGCCAUCUGUUUAUAUGUAUUUGUUCUUUUUUAUUUGGUUGUAGUCAGUGGUUUGAAAAUAAGGUUAUGUAAGUGUCAUUUAACUAACAAUGGGGAUCAUAUCGACCAGUUGACUUUUUGUUCGCAAUGAGAAGAGUCGGUGUUAAUUUAUUAACUUCGUCAUAUUUCCGUAUCAUGUACAAAUUUAUGUAUUUUACAAUAUAGACUUCAGUACUACUGCAUUUUCCCUCAGUCUCCAAUGACUUGUUGAAAAUUUUUCGUGCUUCUUUUCUGUAAUUUCUCUCGUCGCAUCUUACUCGCGAAGGUCUUUUGUUGAUUGUUAGAUCACCUGCGCGUCAAACUAUUACUCAUUUCGUUUAUUGGCCAAUCUUUGCUGUUCCAUAUUUGGUACUCUGACAGUUAAUAACUCACCUUUUUGUGUGGAUUUCCCUACAACUUCAACGUAACCGAGAAGCCAGGUUAAUUUGUACGACGCCUUUUGUUUACGAUAGCUUCUUGUACGUGAAAGUGCCAAGUUGGAUGUCCAAGACAAGGACGGCGACACUCCCCUCCAUGAGUCUCUCAGACACCACACGCUGUCACAACUACGACAGCUACAGGAUAUGCAAGAUGUCGGCAAGGUAACACGUGUAAUUUUUCCUGCUACAUGGAGGACCUCAAAGAAUGCUUGUUCAAAACAUCUGAACGCUCUUUCCAAAAGUUCUAUCUUUUUUAAUUUCUUCAAUUUAUUUUUAGACAGGGUUCAACAUUGCAUAGCAGUCUUGUCUCAUCUUGCCCAUGAAACAGGCUGUUAAAGCAUCUUCAGCAAUCACCACGGUGCUUUUUUAGUAUGGGAAGGUUAAAAAGGCUGAUUUGAAUUACUAACACAGUGAUACUGGAGGAAUAUUCCUAAAUAUGGGAAAGGAAAUUUAGAUUUUUUUUUUGAGGUCAAGUGCUCUUUUCUUGAUUCUUUUCGGCGAGCACUAAGUUUGUGCGAUAGUUAACGAGAGCAAAUUAUUUAUUAGCUUCUCAGGUUUUGUAUGGAAUGAUUAGAUCCAUCGGUGGUAUUUGGAAAAUUUGCCGAUUCAGAGCUGACCAUGUGGCCUUUCGGGGGAAGUAGACGAGGAGGCGUUACUUCUAAUAAAUAGAUUUUCGACAUGUACCACUGUAUUUGUACAUCGUGUGAUGGAAGUGAUUCUUCCUUUUCCAUUUCUAGCUUCUUAUGGGUUUGGGAACACAAGGUGCCGAUAAAAAGAGCAGUGCAUCAAUCGCCCUCUUCCUGGCCGCUAAUGGAGCCGAUCUGAAUGUAAAGAACAAAAAGGGACAAACUCCUUUGGAUCUCUGUCCUGAUCCUCAUCUCUGCAAAGCUUUGGCUAAAUGUCAUAAAGAACGGUCCAGGUAAGAACGGAACCAAAAUAUGGAGCAUGAGUGGUCUAACGAAACAAACACCUAAAGAAUGGGAACUUGGUUUUUUGUUUGUUUUUUUUCAAGGGAACGAGUCAUUUCUUAGACAAAGUUUCAUUUUCAUUCUUUUAUCUAUCAUCAUUUUUAACAGUAGCAAUCAAAAGAACAAUGCAAACGCUACCAUACUGGCGGACGUCGAUGAGAACGAAGGACUAGACGAAUGUAUGGUGUGUUCAGAUAUGAAGCGUGACAUGCUGUUCGGGCCGUGUGGUCACGUGGCUACUUGUUCGCUGUGUUCUCCGCGUGUGAAGAAGUGUCUUAUGUGUAAGGAGACUGUGCAGUCAAGAACUAAGGUAUCUACAAACUUCGCUGUCUGGUUUGUCACGCUAGCGUUGCAUUGAGAGAAUGCCGUCGAUGUCACGCAAUGACGUGGCGCUACUUGUACAUGACUGAGAGAAAGAUGGUGGUAAUCAGGAAUUGAAGAUUGGGUUUGUUUUAUUGGCUAUGUGAAUGGUCUACAAAUCACGAGUCAUCCUCUCGACUAAUCAGAUCCAACAGUGAUACCUACUGCGUCUGAGAAACCCGCGUUUUCCCGCGCUUUAGGCAGUUUACUUAGUUUUUUCUGCUUUAAGUUCUCAUUUGCUAUUCUUUGUGUAUUCUGGUUGGCCGUACGACACUCAAGCGAAAAGCGUCCUAAGACUUUCCCGUGCUCUUGUAAUACUUUACUUGCCGUGUCAUUUUAGAUCGAAGAGUGUCUCGUCUGUUCAGAAAAGGUUGCAAGAGCGCUGUUUAAACCCUGUGGACACAUGGUGGCCUGUGAAAGUAAGUAUUAUUUUAUUAUUAUUCAUUAUUAUAAUUUUUUUUACAUUGGAAUGCUUAUGUCUCUUCUUGUCGUUAAGGCUGAAAAUGGUUAUAUAUCGUAUUUCCUUCUCUGUAGGGGCAAUAUUGUCCCGAGUCCUGCGCAGAAAGACUCUAGAAAGCUUAAUGUGCAACUAACCUCUCCGGUAACAUUUUAUAAAACGUGUACCCCUGAUGCUAUUUUAGGGAUCUUUUCAUACGCCAAGUUUUUCAACCAGUGGACAAAAGACAUACGUAUUUGAAGCUGCUCGUUUUGAUGUAAUGUAAUUGUUUCUUUAGAUUGUGCUGUAUUGAUGAAGAAAUGUGUGCAGUGCCGAAACCAAAUCGAAGAGUCUAUACCGUUCAUUGUGUGCUGUGGUGGAAAAGGUUAGUACAGUUGUUCAGUUUGCUGUUCAUCUUCUAAGAGUGUUGUGCAAAGUAAACCACCGCGUUCGAUAAUCCAGGGAGAACACGUUGGAUCAAACUGGUGAUCCAUUGAAAAUAGAAAGACAGAAAGGCUGGUAUGUCCGGUCAAAGGAUACUACAAAAAUUUAAAACUUAAGUUCUGUUUAGUGUCGGUCUCUGCUUUUAGAUUCCUCAAUGUCUUAUCAAGAAGAUAUUCUCCUUUUCAUGUGUCCCUCGAUCCUCCCAUUCUUUUGACCAUUUUUUCCGCUUUCUCGAUAUUGACCAUCUACGCUUCUUCUCUAUAGGAUGAUCUUACAAAUGUUCUUUUUUCUUAACUGUGUUCUUUUUUGUUUUACUGUAGCCGCACCCGCGACACAAACAAAAUCAAGUGGUAAACCUGAGAUUAAUCAACAAGAAUUCACUCAAUUGCAGCAACAACUCCAAGACAUGAAAGAACAGGUGAUUUGUAAUUUUCUGCUUCGAUUAUCAGCCAAUCACAUAGAUGAAUAUAACUUCGAUCAGGCGCGUGAUCUGACCCACGUGACUUUUCCCGCGCUUGGUACGGGUUCCGAAUCAAUCUCUCCUAGAAGCGCGAUCCUUUUGGUCAGCAUCAUUGAUCUCAAUGUUCUGGUUCAAACCGUUGAAAGUUUGCGCAGACGCUUGUUUUCUUUUGUAUUUGCAUGCUGUCUGUUCUGCCAGUCAUUCAGAUGUUAGAAACAUUUUGGUUUGUCCGGUGCUUCCGACAUCUUUUGCGCAGAACAUGGAUAACGAAAGGUCCAGAAAAGAGAUUGACUGCGUCUUGUUUGUAUCGCAUAUUUCUGGUAAAUCUACGCAUGUAAAUUCUAAUCGCUGCAUGUUUUUUAAUUUAUUUAUCUAUUUAAUUAUUUUUCUCCUAAGACGCUGUGUCCUGUUUGCAUGGACCGAAAGAAAAACCUUAUAUUCUUAUGCGGUCACGGCGCAUGUCAACUGUGUGGAGACCGAAUGCAAGAAUGUCCAAUGUGUCGAAAGACUGUGGAAAGAAGAAUUCUUCUGUUUUGAUAGCAAAACAUUUUAAAGAAACUCUUAACGGAUUUUUUUGGAAAAGCGAGUCUGACAAUUUUCUGCGGGAGGAAUACAGUAUAGACGUGCUUGGACUUCAGAAAAUUAGGAGCACAAUGUUUAUGCCAUGGAAAAGGAAGUCACCGUCGUGAAUUACGGCAACAAACAGGAUCUUUAUCUUUCGCUUUUUUCUUUGAUUAGUCUCGCUUAAGCCUUAAGAAUCUGAAUAUGUACGGAAAUUAGAGAUCAUAAACAAAUAUUGUAAUUGUUUGCAACGUAAUAGCAGACACGAUCAGUUUGCUCAUAUGGCUGUUAAAUGCGCUCGAUAGACUACGGAGAAGCUAUCGAGGAAGAGCAGUCGCAGCCGACUCAAGCGGUAAAAAAGGACCCCGAGCGUAUUAAAAGAGUACAAACAAUCAAUUCAAAACCUAGCUGUUGAAGAAGCAGUAGUUCCGAAACGCAGGGGUUGUGACAAUUUUUGAAACUUCAUAAACGCUACUCUUUUCUCCCACGCUGCUUCAAAUAUUGCGUGCGCAUUUGGGAGGCGGUGCACGAUACCUAGUUUAAUUUGAUUGGGCAA